AUCUGUAUUUCUUCUUUCCAGGAACGUUGUCCUAUCUAUUAGUGGGCAUAAUGCAGAAUCCUUUAACGUUUUCUGCAGGUGGUGUUUUUUUGCAUGCUAAUCCUGCAGAGAAACAAAGUGUUCAACACAGUAUGCUGGGUCAGCAAAAACAAGAAAGUUGUGCUGGAAAGACAGUAUCCACAGAUAAACACAAAUCCCCUACGGACAUAAUACAAACUUUUCAGAAGAAAAGUCAGUUUAGGACCAUUGCUCCAAAAAUGGUGCCAAAAAUUUUAACAUCUGGAAUGGUUUCUUGUCUUCAGUCAUCUUUGCCCGAACAAGGUACAACGAUUUCAGCAGCAGGUUCUAAGCCACUGGUGGUACCAGCUCAAAACUAUGCCAUCAUGCAGGUUGCUGGUCAUGAGGGUACUUUUUCCCUUUUGGCCUUGCCAUACAUUACCUCUGCUGUGAUACAGCCAAGCCAGCGAACUAACAUGGCCCAUUCUGAAAACCAAAAGUUGCCUAUCCCUCGCUACCAAUCUGUAAGAAGCAAAUUGCUUUGUGACAAUAAAACAAGCCAAGCCUCUGUUUUGAAUACACAGAGCAAGGUAUCUACCAAAGGACAGACCUCAUUGCAGACUUCCCCCAUGACUGCCUUAGCUGAAGACUGUCCGAAAAGUCAUUCUAGCUCAGAUUCGUCUGAGCCAGUGAUGCUAACAGACCAUAAUUCAUCUGAAAUGAUGAUUUCUACAUUACAAAGAAAGAACACUUGUGUGGAAUCUGGAUCUCCAUCAGUGAGCAAAACAAAAACUGUUAUCAGUAAUGUUUCUGGACCAUCUAUAGUAAAAGAGUCUUUAAGCAAGCCAGAAAAUUCAAGUAAUCCUGUGAAAUUUAGCCUUGACUCUGUGAAGACAGCAUCUGCAACCACAAAAGAGUCAUUCAUUAUGUCAGAGAAACUAAAGGAAAAACCCACAAAUUCUGCAAAUUCUGUUUCUGUCCUGUCACCAGCAGUUUUUGGCAGUACAAUACAGAUGACUCCACCAGCACCAACAGGAAAACUUCCUAUUUUGCCUUACUCAAGAAUGAGAAAUUCAGUGUUUUGUAAAUCACAAAGUGCUAACGUAAGGGAUAUAUCUGAUAUUUCACUAAGACCUGAAUGUGAAAAGACGCCAGCUUUGGUGAAAACCUGUCCUGCUCCUGCUAAAGCAUCUGAUAAACGAUUAGCUGCAUCUUUGACUCAAGCCCCCAGACAAACCAUUCCAGAAAAUACUUUCUCUCCAUCCAAUAAAGUGGAUGUUGACAGCUUUAAAAAGUUGAAUGGUACACCCUCUAAAAGGAGAGGCAGGAAGAGAAGAGUCCAAGAUGAUUUAUUGGCUUUUCAGGCCAAGCGAAGGAAAUGCAUCGUUAAUAAAUUUAGAGAAGUAAGAGAGAGGGCGAAAGCUGAUCUUCAGCCACCUGAAGACAAAAAAGCAGAGGCAGUGAAAAAAUACCGUAAUAUUAGACCCAAGCCAGUGGUAGUUGUGCAGGCCAUUGCACCGCUGACUUCUACAGCACUGGUAGAGGAAAAGUCUCCUGACCAUUCAGAUAAAGGUGUUUUUUUAAGCAGUUCACUUGCCAAUAAAUAUUCAAGUUAUAAAUACAGUGAUACCACAUCAGCUACAUCAAUUGAUUUGGGUAGAAAUGCGUACUCAGCUUUACCCAAGCCGUGGCAUAGAUGUCAUGUAUGUAACCAUAAGUUCCAGUUCAAGCACCAUCUUCAGGACCAUAUGAAUGCACACACAAACAAACGACCCUACACUUGUCGAAUUUGCCGCAAGGCUUACAUUCAUUCUGGAAGCCUGAGCACGCAUAUGAAAUUGCAUCACAAUGAAGGAAAACCCAAGAAGUUUGUGUGUUGUGAAUUCUGUGCUAAGAUUUUUGGCCAUGCAAAAGUAUACUUUGGUCACCUAAGAGAAGUGCACAGGGUUGUUAUUAGCACAGAGCCCUCUGGUAGUGAGCAACAGAUGCAAGAUGCUUUGAGGAACAGGGACACAAAUAUAAAAGAGGCAGAAGAAGCAACAGAAAGGGGAAAUAGAUGCGAUUUUGAAGACCUAUUCCAUAAUCCAGGAGAAGUUAAAUUACAGAUCAGAUGUGGUCAAUGUCAGUUCAUUGCACAGUCUUUUGGUGAAAUGAAGUUUCACUUGUUAUGCUCUCAUGGAGAAGAGAUCCAGGGCAGAGUAAAGGAAGGAGCUCUGCAAGGAAAUAGAGGAGCUAGGGGAGAACUUAUCAAACAUGCAGCUCACUUCUGGAAACAGCGCAAUGAAAGAAGACAUUUGGCAAAAUGCAGUGACAACGAGGAGGAGUUUUAUACUUUUCCAAAACUGAAAAGACAAAUAUACCUUCACCAUCAAAGUAAUGUUGAUACAUUAACUAAAAGUGAAAUGACUCAGACAGGAAGCAGUGAAGCAGCCAAGGAGAUGCAAAAUGUAGGUUGUGAGACACCAAGCAAAAAGAUCGAAUUUUGGUCUAAAGCUGGAUAUAACUGCAUUUUAUGCAAGCAGAUAUUUGGAAGAAAGGAGGAUCUUUGUAAUCAUUGGCAAAGUCGUCAUAACUGUGAAGACUCUUCUAUUUUAUGGACAAUUUUUAGUUUGUUCUCAAAACAGGGAAUUUUUGAACUUUCUAGCAUUGGUGAAUAUUGAGGCUCAGUUCCACGGUGCUGUGUUGAUGAACUGCCUUGAGAUGCGUUGCUUCAGAAGUUUGCUUAGUACGGUGGCUUUUUAGUUAUCAGCUACAAUCUUUGCUCACCUUUAUUUUGUUAAAUAGAACAUAUAUUAAUCCAUUAUCUUUCCAGAUGGGUAAAUGCAAUCUGGUUAUGAAAUACUGUACUUUGUAUUCAUGUGUGAGGAAUUUGCAGCAGCAAAUACUCAACACUAAUGGUUAAAAUGAAUAAGAUGCUCAAGUUCCAUUACACUUUAUACACAGAAAUAAGUCAGUUUAUAUGAACUAAUCCCAAUCUUGAACAAAAUGGCAAACCAGACUGAAAGUGUGAUUUCUAUCCCAACUGUGCUUCUAGAUUUUAUGCUAAAACUGUGUUUCUGUGCAGUUCAGUAGAUCAUUUUGAAGGUACGUAACACGCAACCUGCAUUCCAAAGCAUAGUUAUCUUUAGAAACCCUUUACAUUUUGUUUUCUGAAUUUCAGUCUUUUUGGACACUAAGUUUCUUAGGUGUUAUGUUCAGUCCUUGUAAUAGCAGGGAUCUUUGAACUUCAAUGUGAAAAAUCUACAGAGUUGGUUUUUUUGGGGGUCUUUUUUUUGUUUUUUUUUCUUUUUUUCUUGCCUGUAGCCCUUUGAAAACAAGAGUUACUCACUACCUGUGGAGAUGGAACUCUCAAAGCUUGACUGCUGUAUAGAAAAUGAAAAAAAAAAAAGAAAAAAGUUGUUGUUUUAAAAAUAGUAAUUUGAGUUUGUUACUGCAGGGAAAUCUGAUGAUCUGCAAUAGAUCAUAUGCUUCACUGUGAACUUUAAGCACUUUCCGUGUUCCUCCAGUGGCAGCAGCACUAUUGCUGUGAACACCUUUAGCAACACUCUGCCUUUAACACUCUCUUUUAUUCCUGUGUAGUUGGCCCAGACAUAGCUGCAAAGAGAAAUCGUUCCUCUGAGUCUGUGAUACAGGUAAUGAAGUUUUUUCACUUGUAUUCCCACAUCUACUGUACAGAUGGGCCCAGAGGCCUUUUCCAGCCAUUCUUUGUGAUGCUGUGAAGUCACUGUAUCACUGUUCAACAGAAAUCAGCAUAUCAGAAGGCAAACUGAAAAAUACACCAGUACUAUUUCUAAACUACUACUACAUUCAUUUCUUCUUGUGGUCGAACUGUAAUUGAGGGAUUGCAGUGAUGAAAGAGUCAUUCCUAAAAUGCCUUGCGUGGCCUCUCACUAUUUUGCAAAAAAAUUUUGUGAAGAGAUCUAAAAGUGUUGGGGAUUUCAAGGGGAAUUCCAGAAGCUGUUGGAAUAUUUUGUGUAUAUUUUUUGUUUUUAAAAAGUAAAGGCAGCUUUCUGA